AUGAUGAGAAAUCCAAGUAAUAUUCAGUGCCUAAAAGAACGUGCUACCGCAUCUUGCCUUGCUUGUCCUUCCCUGCUGCGACCACGAUAUUCACUUCUUGAAGAGUGCAACAUUUGCACCCAUUCUCAUUUCAAACUUGGAAAUAGCAUUCCAGGUUGCCUCACGACGUGGAUCACGUGUUCAGGCGUGUUUAAUGUUAAUGCUCAAACAACUGUCACUGUCAAUGUUUUCUCCUCAUUCGGCUUCCUGCAACUUGUUCAGGAUUGGUUUAUCAGCAAUCCAAGUGUCAUCAUCAUUGCAUCGGGCUCGGAAUCGGAGGGAUUAGGAGAGGUGGCUUGUCGAAGCUCAAAUGCGACAAUUAAAAACAUGAUCUGCACAAACAAGGAGAUGAAGGAAGCGAUGAAUGAGGCCACUCCACUCUACGCAUGUCUAGGGAAAAAGGCAAAAGAAGUCGAUGAGACGAUCGCGAAGAAAUGUGGUACCGUCGUUCCACAUGGACCAUGCAAAAAAGUGGCCGAGUACGCCGAAUGCCGAGCCAAAGUCAACGGGGCAGCGUGUGGGAAAUGGGGAAAGAAGAUAUUCCACAACAUUUGCAAAGCUAUUCCAGCACAACCGGAGGGUUCAUCCAACUUUGAUCCAUGUCGAUACGAAGUCAUUCAAACACUCGGUGAGACCUCGCAAGAGAAUAGUGGAUCACAUGAGAACCCUGGACCUCCUUCCCCGGCAGCCCCACCGCCUCCACAACCACCAGCUAGCAUCAAAGUGUACACCUCGUUGGGCUUCUUGGAACUCGUUCAGUUCUGGCUGAUCAGUAACCCAAGCAUCAUCACCAUUGCAUCGAGCUCACAAUCUGCGGGAUUAGGAGAGGUGGCUUGUCGAAGCUCCAUCGCAAAAAUCAAAAGUACAAUCUGCUUCAACAAGAAAAUGAAGAAAUCGAUGAAUGAAGCUGUGAUUCCGAAUGGGCCAUGCACCAAAGUGGCCGCCUACGCUGAUUGUCAAGCCAAAGUGAAUGGGGCGACAUGUGGGAAAUGGGGAAAGAGGAUAUUCAAAAAUAUCUUCAAAUCUAUUCCUGCACAACCAGAAGGAUCUCCCAAUUUUGACUCUUGCCGGUACCAAGUGAUUGAGACUGUUGGAUCGACCUCGCACGAGAAUAGUGGAUCACAUGAGAACCCUGGACCGCCAGGCCCACCGCCUCCGCAACCACCAGCUAGCAUCAAAGUGUACACUUCGUUGGGCUUCUUGGAACUCGUUCAAUUCUGGCUGAUCAGUAAUCCAAGCAUCAUCACCAUUGCAUCGAGCUCACAAUCUGCGGGAUUAGGAUCGGUGGCUUGUCGAAGCUCCAUCGCAAAAAUCAAAAGUACAAUCUGCUUCAACAAGGAAAUGAAGGAGUCGAUGAAUGAAGCCACUGAACUUUAUGUUUGCAUGAGCAAAAAUAAGAAGAAAAUCGAUGAAAAGAUUUCGAAAAAAUGUGGAGCUGUUAUUCCGAAUGGACCAUGCACCAAAGUGGCCGCCUACGCUGAUUGUCAAGCCAAAGUGACUGGGGCAACAUGUGGGAAAUGGGGAAAGAGGAUAUUCAAAAAUAUCUUCAAAUCUAUUCCAGCACAACCAGAAGGAUCUCCCAAUUUUGACGCUUGCCGGUACCAAGUGAUUGAGACUGUUGGAUCGACCUCGCACGAGAAUAGUGGAUCACAUGAGAACCCUGGACCGCCAGGCCCACCGCCUCCGCAACCACCAGCUAGCAUCAAAGUGUACACUUCGUUGGGCUUCUUGGAACUCGUUCAAUUCUGGCUGAUCAGUAAUCCAAGCAUCAUCACCAUUGCAUCGAGCUCACAAUCUGCGGGAUUAGGAUCGGUGGCUUGUCGAAGCUCCAUCGCAAAAAUCAAAAGUACAAUCUGCUUCAACAAGGAAAUGAAGGAGUCGAUGAAUGAAGCCACUGAACUUUAUGUUUGCAUGAGCAAAAAUAAGAAGAAAAUCGAUGAAAAGAUUUCGAAAAAAUGUGGAGCUGUUAUUCCGAAUGGACCAUGCACCAAAGUGGCCGCCUACGCGGAUUGUCAAGCCAAAGUGAAUGGGGCAACAUGUGGGAAAUGGGGAAAGAGGAUAUUCAAAAAUAUCUUCAAAUCUAUUCCAGCACAACCCAAAGGAUCUCCCAAUUUUGACGCUUGCCGGUACCAAGUGAUUGAGACUGUUGGAUCGACCUCGCACGAGAAUAGUGGAUCACAUGAGAACCCUGGACCACCAGGCCCACCGCCUCCGCAACCACCAGCUAGCAUCAAAGUGUACACUUCGUUGGGCUUCUUGGAACUCGUUCAAUUUUGGCUGAGCAGUAAUCCAAGCAUCAUCACCAUUGCAUCGAGCUCACAAUCCGCGGGAUUAGGAUCGGUGGCUUGUCGAAGCUCCAUCGCAAAAAUCAAAAGUACAAUCUGCUUCAACAAGGAAAUGAAGGAGUCGAUGAAUGAAGCCACUGAACUUUAUGUUUGCAUGAGCAAAAAUAAGAAGAAAAUCGAUGAAAAGAUUUCGAAAAAAUGUGGAGCUGUUAUUCCGAAUGGACCAUGCACCAAAGUGGCCGCCUACGCUGAUUGUCAAGCCAAAGUGACUGGGGCAACAUGUGGGAAAUGGGGAAAGAGGAUAUUCAAAAAUAUCUUCAAAUCUAUUCCAGCACAACCAGAGAGUUCUCCCAAUUUUGACGCUUGUCGAUAUGAAGUUAUUAAAACUGUUGGCAGCUCACACGAGUCACACAGUGGUUCUCAUGAGGGACCACCCGGACCCCCAUCCGGUCCUCCACCAACUGUGAAUGUUUACUCGUCGUUUGGCUUCAUCGCACUUGUUCAAUCUUGGAUUAUCAGCAAUCCAAGUGUCAUCGUGAUAGCAUCAGGCUCGGGAUCGAAGGGAUUAGGAGAAGUGGCUUGCCGAAGCUCAAACACGACAAUCAAAAAGCUGAUCUGCAAGAAUAAGAAGAUUAAGAAAGAGAUGAAUGAGGCAACUGAACUCUUCGCUUGUUACAGCAAGUAUUCAAAAGGAAUCGAUGCAACGGUGGUAAAGACGUGUGGAGCCGUUGUCCCAGAUGGGCCUUGCAAAAAGGUCGGAACCUAUGCUGAGUGCCAGGCUCAAGUCUAUGGAAAUGCCUGUGACAUGUGGGGAAAAAGUAUCUUCCACGGAAUCUACAAGUCUAUUCCAGCACAACCAGAGAGUUCUCCCAAUUUUGACGCUUGUCGAUAUGAAGUUAUUAAAACUGUUGGCAGCUCACACGAAUCACACAGUGGUUCUCAUGAGGGACCACCCGGACCCCCAUCCGGUCCUCCACCAACUGUGAAUGUUUACUCGUCGUUUGGCUUCAUUGCACUUGUUCAAUCUUGGAUUAUCAGCAAUCCAAGUGUCAUCAUGAUAGCAUCAGGCUCGGAAUCGAAGGGAUUAGGAGAGGUGGCUUGCCGAAGCUCAAACACCACGAUUAAGAAAAUGAUUUGCAAGAACAAGAAGAUGAAGAAAGAAAUGAAUGAAGCCACUGCUCUCUUCACUUGCUACAGCGCAUACUCAAAUGGAAUCGAUGCAGCGGUUCUCAAUUCAUGUGGAGCUAUGGUUCCCAAUGGACCUUGCACAUCCGUAGCCACUUAUGCUGAGUGUCAAGCUGAGGUGUAUGGAUCAUCGUGUGCCAUGUGGGGAAAGAACGUAUUCCAUGGAAUCUUCAAGGCUAUUCCAGCACAACCAGAGAGUUCUCCCAAUUUCGAUCCAUGUCGAUAUGAAGUGGUUAAAAGGGUUGGCAGCUCUCACGAGUCACACAGCAGUGGCUCUCAUGAGGGACCUCCACCACCACCACCCGGUCCUCCACCAACUGUCAAUGUUUUCACGUCGUUCGGUUUCAUUGAGCUUGUUCAGUCUUGGUUUAUCAGCAAUCCAAGCGUCAUCGUCAUUGCCUCAGGCUCGGAAUCGGAGGGAUUAGGGGAGGUGGCUUGUCGAAGCACAAACACGACAAUCCGAAACUUGAUCUGUUACAACAAGAAGUUGAAGAAAGCGAUGAAUAAGGCUACCCCACUUUAUGCCUGUAUCGCAGCAAAUCCAAAAGUGGUCACGGUGACCGAUCAGCACUGUGGUUUUGUCGCUCCACAUGGCCCAUGCACAAAAGUAGCCGAGUAUGCUAAUUGCCAGGCGAUGGUGCACGGAGCCACGUGUAAUAUGUGGGGAAAGCACAUCUACCAUGACAUCUACAAAGCUAUUCCUAAACAACCACCCACAUCUCCAAAGCAUGAUCCAUGUCGUUGGGAAGUGAUUCAACGAGUCGGCGAUGAUUCAUAUGAGAAACAUUCAUCACAUGAGGGAUCAAAAGAGAAAGACUCAAAACCUAAGCCGAAGAGAUCUCAACACUGGCCAUUUUUC